AUGGAAAAACGAAGAAGAGCUCGAAUGAACGCCAGUCUGGCUGAAUUGAAGUCUCUACUCUUAGAAGUUAUGAAAAAAGACGGAAACCGUCAUAGCAAGAUGGAAAAGGCGGACAUUUUGGAAAUGACUGUGAAACACUUGCGACAUCUGCAAAGGCAACAUUUUACAGUGCCAACCACCAAAGAAGAAUCGCCAUUCCUGACCAAAUAUACUUUGGGCUUCCAGGAAUGCACGAGUGAAGUGAGUCGGUAUUUGAGCUCAGUCACCGAAGUCGACGCCGAUGUGAGAGCGCGUUUGUUAACCCACCUGUCCACGUACAUCAACCAGUCAUCUAGUUCGUCAACAGUUUCCUCUACGGCCACGUCGCCUACAUCGACCACGUCCGCUAACGCAAUUAAUGCUCCGGUCAGCCGGCCGUCGUCUGUUACCGACACGUCACCACGUCAGUCACCAGUAUCUAUAAAGACGCCGCCUUCCCCGUCAGCUACACCAACCUCGUCCCAACACGUGGCACCCUCACAAGCUCCAGCUCCUCCACCUCCAGCACAGAUACAAUUGCAAUUGACACCGUCGCUGGCCCAGUCAGCAUCUACCGUCCAGUGUUCCCAGAUCUCAGUGUCAACGGCCCAAUCGACUACCCGUCCAGAAUCUAUGGUCGCGCCGAAACAGAUCACGAUCUUCCCUGCUGACUUUUGCACAGCGACUACGACAACGACGGCAGCGACCUUAACAGCUCCGGCCGCAGGAGGCAUACUGUCAUUGGACACGAGUUGCCCUCAAGUACAGUCCGCUAAAUUAUUGAGUGGUGUUCAAUUUAUUACCACGAGGCUCCCAAAUGGGCAAAUGGCGUUUGUCUUACCUACAAACCUUAUGACGGAAACACAGCAAUCGCAACAGCAGCAGCAGCAGCAACAACAACAACAACAACAGCAACAACAACAGCAGCAGCAACAACAACAGCAGCAGCAGCAGCAGCAACCACGCCAACAAUCACAGCAAAGCUACAUCCCCAUCCCGGUCUAUGCUCCUACAUCUCCUGCCAUUUCACCACUGGCUACGACGGUGAGUGGUGCACCCGGAGUAAUGGCUCUCCUACCGCAAGUUUCCAAAACCGGAGUCACACCAACAACCAGUAUGGCAUUUAUGCCCCAUCUAUUUUCACUUCCACAAAUGACAGGGGUAAAUUCCUCCAUUCCACAUUUACCUUUAAUCAGGGCGGAUACAAACGAAGCGGCAACGGCUGGAACCGUGGCUGGGACAGUAGCGGGGACCGGGUUGACUGUUCCGGUCAAACUGUCCCCGUCAAUUACUGAGAUUAAUCCACCGGUUUUAUUGCCCGAAUUGACCAAAAAGCUAGCGUCGACUCCGGCUACCCAGCAGCAAACGCCAGCAAAACGAGAGGAGAAUAAUGUAGCCGGACCAGCACCGGUUCUUCAACAGAUUGAAGAGGUUUCCCUUCUCUCUGUACCACCUCCUUUCCCUCCACCGCUCUCUUUUUGUCUAUCUAUCUAUCUAUCUAUCUAUCUAUCUAUCUAUCUAUCUAUCUAUCUAUCAAACUUUCUUUGUUUCUUUCUCACAUAUUCCUCAGCACAAACACACAAUUUUGUUCUCUCAUACGAAGCCAAAACUUAA